ACCCGAGAGCUGUCAAAAUCAGGUGAUAUUUUUAUUUACAAACAAAGUAGUUUAAUUUUCAACACGUGCCUUAUAAUAUUAAGCGUUUCCCUCGCAAAUUAUGGCUGUAAAAGACACAGAACUCAAAGCCAGCUUCAGCAAUUAUCUUAGCUGGCGCGAUAACUACCAAACCUUCCCAAAAGUAUCAAGGCCAACGGUUACUGGAACAUUCAGUGUCGAUAGGAAUCGAGAAUACGUGGAUUCCAAUGAACAGAUGAAUUACCUGCUCUAUCCGGGUGAGAGUGUCCACUGGGACCUUAAUCUUGGCUAUGACACCUACGAGACGAAGCCCGAGAGUGCAAAGUUCGAGAAAAUCGAUAACAUCCUCAAAUUUAUCAUGACGAAUUGGACGAAAGUUGCAUUACCGCCGAAUCAUCCGGAGAUAAAGAAAAGAUGUCUAACUCCGGAGAUUAUUUGUUUUCGUGGGUGUCUGAGACUCCUCAUGUGUACUCCGUAUGAAGCAACUGAGAGAAAUGACGGAUGGAUAAUUAAUGUCUCAAAGUUUAAAGGAACAAUUUACAUGUGUGAAGAGGACUCUCCGGAAAGGGCAGCUAAGAGGCUGAAUGAGACCGAGGACAUGAAGAGAUGGACAUAUUAUGGGUUCAAAUUCGAACAGUACAUCCUGACCAAGGAGCACAAUAAGCCCAAUGACAUAACACAACCUGUAAUAGAAUCAGAGGAAUUUUACGCAGUGUUUCAAUCAUCCUUCGCCAAUCAUCAACUUCUGUACUCUGCGGAAACUGAUGGAGUUUAUUCCAAUAAGCCUUUGCCGAAAGACGCCGAUCUCUCAAAGAUUCCCGUUGAAUUUGUUGAGGUGAAGACAAUGAAGCGUCAGGAUACUCCACACCAAGAGAGGAAUUUUCGAAGGAACAAGCUAAUGAAUAUUUGGAGCCAAUCAUUCCUCUGUGGCAUUGAGAAGGUCUUCAUUGGCGAGAGAGAUUUCCAAGGAGUCGUGCACAGGAUCAAAAGGAUGCAAGUGAGCCAAAUGCCUGAAAUUGGAAAGAAUGAGUGGAAUGCGGCAAUUUGCAUGAACUUUUGCAUAAAAUUUCUGGACAUGCUGAAAGUUCUCCUGAAGAAUGUGGAUGAUCCCGACACGGUGUACAGAUUCACAUUUAAUCCUCGAGUUAGUGGACGUAUUCAAUAUGAAGUAUUCCCACAGAAGACUGAAUAUUCUUUCCUACAGCCAUGGUUUGUGGAGUUUGUCAACAAUCAAACCGCCUAACUAAACUCUCUUCUAAUGAGCUUAUUAUUUUAUUAAUUUUUAUACUAAAGAGAUUUUUUUAAAAACUUUUUUAAGGGCAUAAAAGAGAAUUAAAAGUCCUUGAAAGAUUUAAAGGAAAACGUUGAAAUAAACCAAAUAAUCAAAAUAAUGAAAGUGCCAUAAAUAUCCAAAGAAAAGAAUUUAUAUUGAAAUAAGAUGUUGAAUUUAAUGAAUUUAUUAUGUACAAGUGCGAUAAACGAUGAGAGAAAUAAAAACUUUUUCUUAAAUGUAAAAA